CCAUUAGUUCCCAAAAUUGAAUGAAACAUCAAAUUUCGUGUUUACUUUUUUUUCAUAUUUACAUUUUUCUGUUUGAAAAGUCAAUCAAAUUAUUCGAAUGACUGUAUUUCAGAAUGUACUUGAUCGAAUGUGGAUGACAAAUUUUUUAUUAAAGUUCUUUCUUGAUUUUUUGUGGUUUAUGGUUUGACUUACGAAGUAAAAAACUCUACAGUUGAUUUUCGUACAUUAUUGGCAAGUGAUCUGAAUAAGUUUUUAGAUAAUUGAAGACGUCAAAGAGUUGUAUGACCGUGUUUGAAUACAACUCUUGGCAUUACUCACAUCUGUUCCAAGAGUGCAAUCAUGGCAGUGGAAGCUGGAAUUUCAGUUGAUGAUGACAAUCCUAAAACUAGAUUCGUCAGAUAUCUUUAUGUUGGCAAAGAAUAUCCUGUGUAUCACUCAAAAACAUGGACAAAUCAAAAUCAUUUUACAAUGGACAAAUUAGCAUCUGUAGUAGAAUUAGCUGCAGACAAAGAGACUGAAUUAUUUCCCAUUACUCAAAUAAAACAGAUAUUACAAUCAGGCCUAAUUCCUAAACCAGAAACAUUGAUGUUUGCUCUUGCCGUAUGUGCAAAGCAAGACAAAAGUGAAAAAUUACGUCAAGCAGCAUAUAGUUUUGUAGUAGAAGAAUGUAAGAAUCCAGAACAGUUUAUGUUGUUUAUAAGUUUUACCUCGCAACUGAGUAAGCAGGCAGCAACUCCUAAACAUGGUUAUGGUCAUGGAUGGCGUAACGCCGUAAACAGAUGGUAUCUUUCACGAAAUGCAGUAAAUUUGGCAGAAUGCGUGACAAAAUAUAAAAGCAGACAUGGUUGGAAGCACAGGGAUAUCAUCAAACUUUCUCAUUUGGCGACAAAAGGAUUGGGACCGGAUGUUCAAGCUGUCUUUAAGUACGUAAUGUACGGUUUGGAAAAGGCAAAACUUGAAUUUGGGAAUGAAUUAAAGGCGAGCGAAGUUUUACAAUUAGUUGAACGAGUUGAAGAUUUUAGACAUUGUGAAGACGCCGUGAGAGCAGCAGGUUUAAUUCGGACAUAUAACUAUACAUUAGAUCACAUUAAUGCUCAUCUUAUGAAGUAUCCAGAAGUGUGGGAGGCUUUAAUUGAUAACAUGGAUUUACCAACUCUUCUUGAAAAUCUUCAAAGGAUUCAUAAUCUUGGAAUUCUUACACCUACAUCGCAAGUAACGGAAAAAGUUCUUAGUGCCAUCACUAAUAAAGAUCAGAUUUUAAAAUCUAAAAUUCGUCCUGCUGUAUUGCUUAUGGUAGUCAGAACAUACGAAGAUCCAGAUAAAGUCCCAGUGUUUAUUAAAAGGAAAUUAGCAAGAAAAAAUAAACUAAAAAAUAGACAGCUACCUAAUCCUGAUAAAAGGAUUAUCGAUGCUUUGUACACAGCAUUAAAUACAUCAUGUUCAAACAUAGAACCAACAGGAUUGAGGUUUUUAAUAACUGUAAGUGCUGAUGGGUGCAAGAAAAAAUCAGUAACUCCAACUCCUUUUGAAGCCUGUAAUCCUUGGGUUCUUGAAGCCGCUAGCAUUAUUGCACUGGGUCUUCUUCGUGCUGAAGAUAAAGUUACUGUAUCAGCUUUCACUGCUGCUGAAGGUCUUAAUGCUCGUCCCGUGCACAUCGAUAAAAAUGCUACGUUCCAAGAAGCGAUGGAAAAAAUGCGUGCAAGAUCCAGUGUUCCACCCAAUCUGGGUAAACCCAUUCUUUGGGCUGCUCAUCAUAGAAGAAAGUACGAUGUUUUCAUUAACGUUGUUGAUAAGAUGCGUGAAAAAUAUGACUUUACUGCACGAGCCAUGGACCUUUAUAAAAAAAAGAUGAAUUUGCCAAAUACAAGAUUAAUUAACUGGGUAGUUGGUUCAACAUCUACGUACAUGGAAGGAAAAUAUGUCAACGACGUUCUAACCGUUUGCGGAUUUGAUGUAAAUGCUCCUAAAGCCAUCGAAGCUUUUGCUAAACGUCAAUUUUAAUAGGACUGGAUGAAAGAAGAAACAUGGAGUUGAAGAUAGUAAAGAAAAUGAAGAUGAAAAAUUUGAAAAUGAUGAAAAAAACUCAAGUUAGUUUUCGGAUAAAAUUACUUAUAAUUCAAUGCAGAAGUAAAUUGAAAUUGAAAUAUUGAGAAGUUAAGUAUUAGCAAAAUUUAUAUAAAUUUUUAAUAUUCCAGUUAAAUCGUAAAUUGAUUCACAAUAAGACUAAUCGACGAUAAAAAAUUUUUACAUAAAAUAAGAAUCAACUUGAAACCGAAAAAUAAUACAAUAUACUUUACUAACAUUAGAAUAAUGAUAUAUUAUCGCACGGUAUUUACUGCAUGUUCUCUACAGUGUUUUUAGAAUAAAGCUGCGCAGAGGGUUUUCUUUUUUUCUGAAAGAAUAACUACUCUCAACAGCAUAUAAAUAGUUAAUUUAAAGAAAUUUUAUCAUAGAAAAUAAUGUAUGCAAAAAAGCCAUUUCGACGAUAGACAAAUUAAAACUGUGCACUAGUUUAUUAUGUACCUCUUUAGAAAAUUUAACAAUGAAGAAAAAACUGUCGUUUUGUUGCAAUUAAACUUCACAAUGAAAGAUAUAAUCCAAGUGCGCAGCGUAUAAUAAUUAGUAAUUAAAUGUAACGCUAAGACUACGCAUAUAUAAAUGUGUGUAUGAUUAGCACGUAACGUAGGAUAUAUUUCUGUGAAGGAACAAACAAAAAAUUGCGCUUAACCAUCGUUUAUUUGCUUUGUCGAAUAUCAAUACGAUGGAGAAAAUUAUGUAAACGAAAAAACGAUUAAAGAAAUAAUUAUUUUAAAAAACUGAUGAAACUAUAGAUUUAGAUUCGAAAAUAAAAAGAAAAUGUAAUAGAUGAAAAUGAUUCGUUCAAAGCAUGUCUCUGUGGGCUAUUGAAUACUUUAGAACUUAAUAAAUAAUAAAAAAGUUUGUCAAACGUCGAAAAUUUUUUAAAAGAAACUAGUAAAAAAAAUGAAAGAUAAAAUUUCUGCCACUGUGAUACGCAUUUAGCCCCAAAGAGUUAUAGACUUACAUGAGUUUUAUUUAACUGUUAUAUCUCGAUAUUUGCCAUAUCCAAAGUGGAAAGAAAAAAUAUUAAAUAAUUAUGAAAAAUAAAAUAGAAUACACAUAUUGAUAUUUAACUACUGUGAUAUGACAAUCGACGUUUGUUCAAGCUAAAAAGAAAGAAGAAUAGUGAGAAAACAAAAUGAAAAAUCAUAAAUAAUUUAAAGGCUGUACUCAGUUAAUAGGUUAAAGGAAUUAAAAAUAAAAUUAAAUAAUAUAAAUAAUAAUGAAAAAUAUGCAAAUGGCCAGAGACAUGCUGACAUAAUAUUGUUAUUUAUCGAUUUUAUUCAGGAUUUACGAACCCGGUGAUACUUAAAUAUAUAUUUCCGUAUAUGAAUUUAUUUAUAACAUUCGUUGGCUUAUAAUCUGACUGUGAAUUAUUGUUUUUCUUUUUUUAUAUAUGCAAUUUAAAUAGAAAACGUUGGUUAAAUAUUUCUAAAUCAGGAUCUUGUUACUUCGCUUGUUACAAAUAACGUAUUAUUCAAUUAUCGUAGAUUAAUAUAAUAUUUCUAAAGUUAUAAAAAUAUAGCUGUUCGUGAAAAUAACGUAAUAUAAUGUAUAACAUAUAUUACAUUAAUUAUUAACUACUUGAUGGGUCGAUCUACUAUUAUAGUUAGUUUGAUUAAAUAUUGAUUAUAGGACUUCUGGCCUACAAAAAAAGAAAAAAAAUACUUUGAGAAAAAAAAUUUCUAUAAGUGAUGUGAAUAUUAUAAUUAAUUCUUUCGUUUAAAAUUUUACAUUUAUAAAAUUUUUAACAAUUACGUCGCUUCAGUAUUUUAUCUGAGUAAAUCUAUUUCUUUUUCAUUUUUUCAAUUACGUUUUCUGGUUCAAUUACAUUAAUAAACGGAAUCAUAUCGGGAAAAAAUUUACAAACGGAAAAUAUAGAACGAGAAAUAAUUAUACAAAUUAUAAUGUAAGAGAGUAUUUAUUAAUCAUAAUUUUUUUUCUCAACGUAAAAAAAAAAUAAAUAAUAUUUAAAUAGUUAAGCUUUUAUAAAUAACAGUAAAACUGUUUUGUAAUCUCUUGGUCAUGUGUCCUAGAAUUAAAAAUAGGUAUAGAUAAAAUAUCGAGAAAACAAUUGUUAGUCAUUAAAAAAAGGAGACUAAUUACUAUUAAUUAGUUGACUCAAAAUUCAAGAGGCAUUAAAAACAAUACGUCUAAUGUGUUCAAUACUGGUUAGAAGCAAUAUGCAAAAAAUACCUAAUUCUUGAAAAGUGAGAAAAAAUAAUAAAACAGAAAAAAGCCUCGUUGGAAAUCAGUCAAUAUACUUUAAUGUUAAAAAUUGAAUUCUGACUUCACAAGGCUUUCAAAUUAUUCUCGGAUCAAUUUUUUAGGAAACAAUAAAAAUAAAAAUUGUAAUUUUAACUUAUUAUUUUAGUGCUAAUAUUAUUAUACUAAUACAGUACUAUCGAUAAUAAUAUUAGUAAAAUAAUAAUUAAUGAUUAUUAAGUAUAUUAAUGAUUCUCUUAACUUUAUGAAAUUAUUUAAUUAUUAAUUUUAUAAAUUUUUGGCUGCCACAAAUCUAUAAUCAUGAUAAAAGAAGAACAUUUACAAUGUCCUAAAUAAAAAAUAAAAGUCGUAUCGAAUUCUGUAAAAACACUCAUCAAUUCUCGUACACCUUACAUAGGUAUAGAAUUCAAUAAAUUCAAUAACCAAAACAACAAAACAAAAUUAUGAGCAUUAUUAAGAAAUUUUUAAUAUUUGAAAAAACUUAUCAAUUCGAUAAAUGAUUGUAACACGACGUUCACUAGAAUGUAAGAAAACGAAUUUAAAACCUUAUGUGUUUUUCGAUAGUACAUUUGUACUGUCACAAUAUAAAAAAAUAGACCAAACGAUAAUAUUCAAAAAGUAAUAAAAUAAAUCUAAUUUAGGAUGAUUACAAUUUGAAUGUAAGAAACUGUAUAUUUCUUGGUCAUGCAAAUUAAUUGCAUUUUCUAGACCCGAUAAGUAAAACUUUGAAAUAAGUUUACAUACAACAUUGCCUAACUUUCGGCCUUAAUUUUUUAUACGAAAAAAACAACUAAAUGAUUAACUAAACUAAUUAUUUAUUUUAUAAUUAUUAAUUACGAACAGAACAAAAAUUGUGAAAAUUCCAUUCUCGAACUAAUAUUCAACGUACAGAUAUUUAUUUAUUUCAAUUUUUUAUAAAAACAAAUCUUUUUUAAUUUUUUGACGUUCAUAUAAAUUGCAAAAAAAAUUUUUGAAGAGAGUUUAAUAUAUAUUCAUACAAACAAAAACGGUUUCACAAUUUUUAUUCAAAUAAAACGAAAUACUCGUGUCCAUAGAAAUAGAAAAAUCAUGUCUAAUGACGUAAAACGAUUAAACUUAAUGACAAAAAGAAUGAAAAGAGAAAUGCGAAUUCUUUGUAAUGUUAUUUUUAUACAAAAGUAAUUUCUAUCGCGUUGAUUCAAUAAAAUGUGGGAUCUGCCGACUCUUGGUGCUCUUUUUAAAACGAAUAUUUAAAAUAAUAAUGGACAAAAUAAGGCGAAACAAAUAAUUGUAAAAAAACGGUUUAAUUAUACAUAUGUGACUCCUCUAUUUUCUUGUUUUUUUCUACAAUUAAACUUAUUGUUAUUUAAUUAUUGUAAUUAAUGUGUUAUAAACAAGGAGUCUGAUUUACUUUUUUUGUGAUUAUCGCAUCAUUUGUUAUAGUAUUUGCUCGUUUUUAUUCCUCAUUCCUUACUUGUUAUUAAUAUCUAAAUGUAAAACAGGAAAAAUGUGAGAUUAUUAUGUAAUUUGUAAUUUUACAUUUUGUCUAAAACUAUUUCUGUUAAACAGUUCAUCAAAAAUCAAAAUUUAUUCAAACAUGACGAAUUAUAAACCUUAA